CCAGCUCUUUCUUGGUGGCGUGCUUUUAGGCUGUCAGAACCCAACCUUUCUUACACGAGUUACAAUCAGCCACAUAAGCCAGUAAAUCACGAAGUUUUUAAAACGUACAAUAUAACGGUUUUUGGUAAAGCUCAAUCAACAGGAUAGGCGUACUUGAAUAAGCUUCGUGUUCGAAAAGUUUUGAGUUUUCUUACUUUCGUUUCCCUUUACAGACUUAAUAUCUACGAACGAUUCAAUUUUUUUCUUCGAGUGAAAUUUUGCGAUGGAGACUGGCGAUAGGUCGGCCAGAAAGUACCCCUUGCUCAUGUGCCUGGGACUGGAGGCGUGGGACAUUAGAGUAAUUCUUACAUGACAUUAGAUAGGUGAGGAGAGCGAGGGCCGCCAUUACAAGCGGUUUGGUACGAAACUUUAUGCAAUUACUUGUACCCGGUCACGAAAACAACAAGAAUUCAUCAUGUUGCGAGGAAUUUUGUACCAGAAUAUGACAGUUUUCAAGGUAAGAAAAGCUUCGAUGACAUCUAUAUUUUUAGAUAUUUUCAAAUCUUUUUCACCGAGGCUCUUUUCUUCGGAGGCCUUUCGGAGUACUCACUAUCAAGAUUAUCCGACGAUUGACUUAGGAAACGAAUUUCAGAACAGAAGUUUGUUAGAAAUGUAUCGAUCAAAAUGGAGGAUGGACGCUUACAGGCCUAGGAGGGAUCAAUUGUUGAGUUCCUUUCCAUUCAUUGAAAAGAUACGAAACGAAACUGAUAUGAAUCAGGUGAUUGAGCUGUACGAAGGGUUGAAGGACUCCAUUCUAAACACGGACAACAUAUUGACCAUUGCUACUCAGGUUGCACUAUUUGACCGUUUUUCACAUUACGAAGCAAGGCAUGUAAAAGGCAACGGGAAAAACGAGGCAGUUGACUUAAAUCGUGUGCAGGAAGCGACAGAAUCUCUCUUGAAAGCUUUAAAAUGGAAUUGUAGUCGUUUUGAAGAUUCUCAACUUUCCAGCGCUGUUUUGGCAAUAGCAAGUCACCGUGACAAAGUUAAGUCGCAUGAAGAACACUCAAAGGUGACUCGAGCAAUGCUCCGUUUUGAUGAAGAAAUCCGAAGCCGUGAUUUUAAGGAGUUUACUAACGGGGACAUAGCUGUGAUCAUUCGUGCAUACGGCAAAGCAAAUGUCCGAGCUUUUCGAUUGUUCAAGGUACUGAGGACUGAAAUCAUGGCCCGGGGUUUGGUUCGUUUCACAGUGGAAGAUAUCAGCAAAAUUCUGUGGUCCUAUACACAGGUGAAGCAGAUAAGUGCUUCACUCUUUGCUGGUAUAAAGAAGGAAUUAUUGAGUCGUGACGUACGAGAUUUCUCUGAGAAGGUCUUAGUGACAAUCCUUUGGUCGUAUGCCAUGGCUCAAGGGAAUGCAAACGAUUUAUUCAGAAGAUUCAAACAUGAAAUUAUGCAGCGUGGUCUUUCGCAUUUUUCAGAGAGGCAACUGGCUCAGAUUGUCUCCUCCUACGCUGAGAAAAACAGGCAUGCUCCUGAUCUCUUUGAAGGAGUUGCUUAUGACCUUCUUUCAAGGGGUGAACUCAACUUAGAUUCAAGAGGUUUAACCAUGGUUGCAAGGAGCUUUGCAAAGACCAAGAAUUUUGUACCAGAUCUUUUCAGUUACAUAGGAGACCGAGCAAUGAAUAGUAAUGUUUCUGUACAUCGUCCUUGGGAAGUUGUUGAACUUUUGUGGGCCCUUACUGAAGCAGGUUUCCUUCAGGAAGAACUCCACCACAAGCUAAAAGAUCACAUUCUUUGUAGUGAUUUUACAAGAAUGCCGGAUUCAGCUCUAUUACUCCUUGUGGCUGUGUUGGAAAGCAGUCACUUUAAAGCACCUGACCUUGCUGCAGCAACAGAAGCUGAGCUUGUCAGGAGAUCAGAGGCAAAGUCUUGACUCUGUAAACAUUCUAAAAUUCUUCCUAAUUUGCAUUUGUAGUUUUAUGUGCUUGUUUGAACUUUGAUCAUCAUUCAAGAGAGGGAGCAAGAAACCAAUUUGAAAUAGUUAGAUUUUCUUCUCCAAAGUGCUACUAAAUUCCUCAAAGGAACCUCAAGAAUUGUACAACUGAUGGUUAGGAGAAAUCUUAGUGAGGUCUUGGAAGUGAAAGGGCUAUGGGAGAAUCCUUGUUUACAAUAUUUGCCUCAUUAGCAUAAGCAAUUCAGUUUCUG